AUGAACAAUUUCUUUUUAUUCGGCGUUUUUGUGUUAACUAUUUUGGAUAUUUCCAGUUCAGUGGAAUCCAAAAAAAAUGUAGUUUGCUACUUUUCGAGUUGGACUGUGUAUAGACCAGGCAAUGGGUCUUUCAAACCCGAUGACAUCGAUCCACACUUGUGCACUCAUAUCAACUACGCAUUUGUGGGACUCAACCCAAAUGGUUCGAUCAACAUUUUGGAUAGUUGGGAAGCCGAGCCCAGCGGACUCGAUGGUAUCAAUAAGUUAAUAGCUUUGAAGAAAGUUAACCCAAGUCUCAAAGUGAUGGUAAGCAUGGGCGGAUGGAAUGAAGGUUCUGCUACUUAUUCGCAAGUGGCCGCUAACCAAACCAAAAGAGACGCAUUGGCUAAAAACGUAUUGGAAUUUCUGGAAAAACGCGGCUUCGAUGGUUUCGAUUUGGAUUGGGAAUAUCCUGGAGAAAGAGGUGGAGACUGGGAAACUGAUAGAGAUCAUUACACUGCCCUGAUUAAGGCUUUUAGCGAUGCUUUGAAACCGAAAGGUUACUUGUUAUCUGCUGCUGUAGCAGCUGAUGCAUUAAUAAUUGAUAAUGGAUACGAUGCACCAGAAUUAUCAAAGUAUUUGGAUAUGCUUAAUGUAAUGGCAUUCGAUUUUCAUGGGGCGUUUAACAACUGUGUCACCUGCGUAGGGCAUGUUUCUCCGUUAUAUGGAGCUGCUGUGGAUUCUCUCUAUGGUAAAUAUAUUACGUUCAACGUUGAUUAUGCGAUACAACAUUGGAUGAGCAGAGGUUUUGACCAGGCAAAAAUAAACCUUGGCAUCGCUCAGUAUGGUAGAAGUUUUACGUUAGCAGAUAAAAGGAACACCUCUUUAUACGCUCCUAUUACGGGAGGUGGCAAAGCGGGACCAUAUUCCUUUCAAGAGGGUGUACUUGGGUACAAUGAAAUAUGCGAAUAUCACAGUAAAAAUUCAACUUACGUCUGGGAUGAUGAACAGAAGGUUCCCCAUAGAAUAUGGGAUGACCAAUGGGUGGGAUUUGAAGAUGUAACUUCGGUUAAAUUGAAAGUACAAUAUGCAAACAAAAAUAAAUUAGGUGGAAUAAUGGUGUUUUCGCUGGAUUAUGACGAUUUCAGAGGAAUAUGCGGAAGUAAAUAUCCCUUAUUAACAACAAUCAAUAAGUAUUUACAAUAA